AUGGAUCCCGGACGUAAAAACCUCGAGAAUCUUAAAAAGUCUCCAAAUCUAGUGAGCGAGGAGCCUUCGAUUAUUACACCUACCAAUCAAACGGCAAUUGGGAAUCUAAGUUGGAAGGACUUUAAAUGCCUGCUUGCAAAGAGAAAGGCUGAAGAAGAGCGGGUGUAUGAAGCAAACGAGAGACGCAAAUCUACCCACCAAGACAUUGACUCUACUAUUAAUACGGACGCAAAUUGGGACUCAAGAACAGGAUAUCAAGAUGCAGCACAUGCACCGCACCAGAAUAGUAGUGAAUAUCCUUAA